AUGAAAAUCUUUUUCCAGCGGAUGCUGCUGCAGUUACCGGCGGCGGCGGGGUUACCGGCCUUGCUCCCCGCCCUGCUGCUUCGCCCCACGCCGGCGCCCUCGCGAGCUGCGCCGCCGUGUGCCGCCGCUGCCGCUGACUGGUCGCGCCUCGUUGAGGGUGCUCCGCGCGAGGCCAACCUUGCUGCGUUGGAGGAGCUUUCCGCGGCCGGCGCUGCCUCGCUGUGGAAGAGCGCCAAGGUUUCGCCGCGGCCGGUAUCGCUGGGAGAGCUCAGCCGCACGACCAAGAUCCCGGAGGCCGCGCUCGAUCCGACGGCCACCGAGUACAGUCUGCAGGACAUCCAGGACACGUUCGUCAAGGUGGUCGUGGGCUGCACAGUGGGAGCGGUCGCGUGGGCGGCCGGGAGCGACGCGCUCGGCCUCGACGCCGGCCUGCGCUUCACCGGGACGUACCUCCUUGCGGGCGUGCCGAUCGGCAUCCUCGCGAUUGGCUCGACCGCGCCUGGCAUCCUCUUCUGCCAGAGAGCGUUCAAGAAGGCGACCGCCGACGAGGAGGCCAGGCGGGGCGCGCUGCAGCGCGUGGUGGUGUACGACGAGGAGCUGGCGCAGCAGCCGGGCGUCUUCGUGUCUGCAGACCAGAUUUCCAGCCUCGCCGUAGUCGCCGUCUCUGGUCUCAUCGCCGAGGCGAGCGCGUACGGCAAGGCGCUCGGCGCAAACGCAGACCUGAAACUGCUCAACGAGAUUCUGCUGCGGUGCCAGCCGCCGAUUCCGGCGGGCAAGCAGCAGGAGCUGUCUCAUAUGACCGCCCGCCCAUCGCCCAUUACCGAACCCAUAGGACACGACGCGGACACGACGCGGUACGCGGCGCUGAUGGCGUGGUCGAUCCUCCAGAAGCACGAGCGCGCGCUAGAGGCGAUCGCCGCCGCGCUCGAGGAGGGGGAGGGGGCGGGGCUCGCCACUUGCCUCGAGGCCGCCGAGGCGGCCGAGGCGGGGCGCGACGAGGUGGAGAGGGCGGCCGCCGACGCGAGGGCGGAGGCGCUGGCGCGAGAGACGCCGCAGGAGCGCGCCGCCCAUACCCCCACAGAGCGCGCCGCGCGUGAGCGCGAGGAGAUGGCGGCGAGGGGGCGGUCCUAGGCCGCCUUGCGGGCGGCCCACUGGACUAUCACCUACGCGCACUGGGCCCUGCACUUUGAAUGCCGUGGGGCUCCUGUCGUCAGACGUGGAGACGCGAGGGUUGCCCCCCCUUGCCCCACCACCUCGUGUGUGUGGAGAAGUUUACCUUACCUCACCUUACCUCUACACUGC